AACGGAGUCCUGCGACCAAUAAGACCGGUCCCUAAGCAUGAGUGACAGGUAGUUUACCCUUGAUCAUUAUCGGCCCGUUUCCCGUCAAGUAAAAAACGGAAAGAAAAACACUUUCGGAGCGAUCUUUCAAAAAACGCGAUCGGGUGUGUCGCGCGGGGAAAAGAAAUCGUGCCAAUUAUCGCAUUUGUUCCAGCAUUUGCACAGGCAGUGAGUCACGGCGCGUGUUUUGAUAACCCGAUGACUAAACAAGUCUCCCUCCCUCACACACACACAGUGCGCCUAUACAGCCUACAGGCAGUUCAGUUCCCCCAUUGAUGGAUCCAACAUGGCGGCGGCCCGCGAAGCAGUGAGCCUCCAGACCAAACUAACGGACGAUUUCUUGGUCUGUGCCAUCUGUAUGGACACGUUCGUCCGCCCGAAAGUGUUACCGUGCCAGCACCGAUUCUGUGCGGCGUGUCUGACGAGCUACGCGGCCGGGAGAAGCCAGUUCCCGUGCCCGCUGUGCCAGCAGUGGGUAGACCUGCCGUGGGGAGGGGUGGACGCUCUGCCCGUAGACUUCCUCGUCAACAGCCUCGUUGAAGCCGUGCGGGAAUCUGAAGAUGCGGAAUCCCGGAAAGGAUGCGACGUCCACGGCGAAGCAGUGUCGUUAUACUGUCGAGACUGCGAGGCCACUGUGUGCCCCACAUUUUCCAACUGGAAAAACUGCUAUACAUUUAUUUUGUUUGUUUGAAUUCUUUGCAGGGAAUCUGAAGAUGCAGAGGCCCGUAAGGGUGUGACGUCCA